AUGGGAGACACCCUCACCGACAGCAUCCUUUCAAUUCUUAAAGAGCGAGAUAUACUCGCUAAGCGCGAUGCCAUUAAGUCCGCGUUUUGCGGCGCUUCUGGCGACACGGAGUGGGCAGUGAAACACCUCCGACCCGACACCCUGCUAUCAAAAGAGGAACUGGCAUUAUACUCGAGACUCGAAGCCAACGGGGCUCUCCAACCCUUCCUCCGCAACCCCGACCUCCCUGCCACACGCCCUAUUCUCGAAGAUGACCUCCGAGACGCGAUCGAGUUCCUCGAGGCCUCUACAGCCACGAUUCAGAAACAGACAGAGACUUUAAAAUUCCAGUGCGACAGUCUCAAUAAGCAAUUGGGACUAGCGAACAACUUGGAGCAACAGCGAAAUCGGGACGUUGCUCGGCUGCGAAAGAAGCAUGAAGGAGGGAGACAGGAUAUAACAAUGGCGGCUAGUGAGCUCUCGGACGAACUGGAGGCCAAUUUCAGGAACGCGUUGGACAAGUCGGGUACGGAAAGCAAGAGAAUUCUGGCAUCUCUGUCGACCCAGCUAAAACAGGAUGACAAGACCCUUGCUGGUUUGGAGACACUCGUGUCGGGUAUCAAAUAUCGUGGCAAUGAUGCAUCCACGGUGACGCGUACGAAUGACCUGAGUGCCAUGCUGGCAGACUACGUUGCAGAGGAAAUACACUAUCGGCUCGAUCGACUCUACUUGGAAACGGUUCAGGCUGGGGGCACAGUCGCCAAGGCUCCAGCAGGAGAAACCAUUGCUGCACUUGAGGAGGAACUCGAGUCUCUAUACCCGGAGAUUGGGAUAUUAGCCGAGAUGUCGGUUAGGCAGCAAUUCAACGAGCCCAUCCUCAGGGAGCUUCAGAACGAACAUGGCAAGCUGCGAGUGGCGUCGCAGGAGAGUUUGGAGCAGGCACUCGACACGUUAAUCGAAAUGACAUUGUCCAAGCAGGAUUUCACGAAGCACAUGGCAGACCGGCUGUCAUCUUCGGUGCUGUUGGACCAAUUAGCCGCCCUAUAUCAAUCCGAAGCGGGUGAACUCGUCACACAGCCCUCUUCACGGCGAGAUUCACUGCGCCGCCGCUCUUUACAGCCAGGCCUUCUUCUUGCGGCGAAAACCCCUGCGGCGCCUACGAUUGACCAACCUGCCCUAGGAAGUAUUUUGCGGCGUGUUGGUGUGCUCCCCGAAUCUGUGCUCCGGCCAAAAGGCAACGGCGGCACCGGCGGGGUCAGUGAACUUCACGAAAAACGAUUUCAGAUGUCCGAAACACUAGGUAGUCUCAAGGGUGCAGUCGAUUCUCCUUUAGUGGACCACCUGUCGCCAUCCGACAGCGCAUCCCAGCUCCUUCAGUCUGCCUUGACCGCCAGUUGUCAUUAUGAAAUAUCCCUACGGAACUCACCCGAAGAACAAGGAAUUUCAGGCCUCGAGACUGAGAUAGUGAGGCUACAGAGUGGGGUCCAGGGCCUGAACAUGGAUGUUCUUCAUCAGCGUGACAAGGUCCAGGACAAGGUACUUCAAAUGUGGACAUAG